AUGGCUGGUGUCGCUACCUACACUAUUGCUGGUCGACAGGUCGGCGGCCACUACAUUGCCAUGGGCUGGUUGGCUACCCUCUUCGGCGGUGCCUACUAUGCUACUUCCGGCCCCAAGAAGCCUGCGUCUGCUGUCGCCACUCCUCCGAUCAACGCCUCCAGCUCUGACGAGGCCGACUUCAUCAAGAAAUUCCUUGAGGAGCAGGACAAGAAGCACUAA